CCCGGGCGACUACGAGCCGACCAAGCUGACCCCAGACAUGUGCUCGGCGCGCUGCCAGUCACUGCGCUUCAUGUACGCCGGGCUCAAGAACGGCAUGUUCUGCUUCUGCAGCAGCGUUCUGCGCAUUGAGCGGGCGGAUGCUAGCUUCUGCAGUGAGCCAUGCACCGGUGACCCGAGCCUGACCUGCGGCGGUAUCGACGAGUAUGUGCAGGUGUACCGCACCGGCGGACAGGCGGAGAUCCAAGGCGCCUCCAUAGCCGUGGAACAGACCACCAUCCAGCCCGUGGACACCCUGUUCAGCUUCACUGCCAGCGUGGAGGUCGGCGAGCAGGUCCUCAUCUCGUACGAUUUGGGCGACGGCAGUGACGCCACGCUGCCUUCAGAAGAGGCCACUGCCAUCACCCACCAGUACAGCUUGCCAGGAGAAUACACGGUCACGGCCAUCUUCACAGACGUUCCGGGCGUCGCCAAGCCGCGGUACCACCAGACCACGGUGACAGUGGGUGAGGAGGUGGGACAGGUCGAGUUCGACUGUCCCGAUCUCACCGAGCCCGGAGACGAGAUCAGCUGCCAGUUGUGGCUCGUCACCGGGGCCCAUCUCAAACUCACCCUCGAGAUGGACAAGGGCUUCGUGGACGGAAAGGAGUACACGAUUCCGGACCCGGUGGUGUCAGCGCUGGGUCUGGCGCCCCCGCAGCACCCUACCGAGGAGCUACAGUCGGCCCUCCCUUCGUUCAGACUGGGCCAGCACGGCACGGCGGCCACCGGCACAACACACAGCCGGAGGCGCAGAGAAAUCCGUUACGGAAAUCCGGUGGACAGCUCUGCACACAGCAGUGCACAGGACGCCGGUGUCGCUGUGAACGCGUUGUCCUCCGGCGCUGCCGUCGGCGGCGUGCAAGGAGAUACCUACGAGGCGACAACAGUGGUUAUGCCCUGGGCCAAAGUCACGGAUGCCGUCGUCCUGGUCGGCUUUGAGUACUACGCCACCAAAGCGGGAAAUCUGAAACUGAUGGUAUUUCGGCCCACCUGUCCUGGCGGCUCGUACUGCCACUCGACCGGCACCUGCGACGACGGGCUCUGUAACGAUUUGGACCACAGCGCCGUGUCAUGCCCGGACUCUAAUCCGCUCUACGCUCCAAUGCGGCAGUGCCAGCAGUCGCUGUGUACCACCGGACCUACUGCCUCUCCGACCGUCUCUUCCGACGGCAACAGCACGUCUGUGCCGGGCGGCCGGCCCGGCUACAGCGCCGUGUACUCGGUCACAGAGCAGGUGGCCGCUGUCGGCUACGGCAAACUGCUGGUGGACACCAGUCUGGAGACGGCCACCUGGCUGCAGCCCGGCGACGUGAUCGGAUAUGAGAGUGACGGCGCGGUCAUCGGCUGGAGACCCGCCCGCCCGGGCCAGGAGCAGGAUGCCCCGGAGCUGGCGGCGCUGGGGCCGCAGUGGCUGGAUGACGACUCCUCGGGGUCUCUGGACUCACGUCACUACCUGCGCGCCAUCGUGUCGUCGCCGCUGCAGCUGACCAUCAACCACACGUACGACGUGGUGGGCGCGUACCAGGCGUUCGCAACCGUCUCCACCACGGGCGACAUCGUGUCCGAAACCAGCGCCGGACAGGCCAUCGACGUGCAGGUUCCCAUCACUGGCUUCAAGGUUACCCUGGAUCCUGAACACGUUACAACCAACAACAAGACCAACGCCACCGUCCUGAUCAAGACGGGCAGCUUCGUCAAGAUCACGUUUGACUUCGGCGAAACUCACCUGGGCGCAGCGAAUGUUAUCGAGGAGGCGGACACGAUUGAAAACGACGGCUGGUCGCAGAUCUACUGGUACAAGCGGGGUGAACCCGGGCCGCGCUACGUCAUCAUUACUGCUGAGAACAAGUGGGGUCGGGAGACGUACCGACACACGCUGUACGUGCAGCGGGCCGUCACCGACAAAUGGUACCUGGUGGACAACGCGCCCGUCCUCUGGCCCAUUCCCGGUGACGUCAAUUUCACGGUGGUGUACCCGGCGGGGCUGCCGCUGCCCACCAUGGCCUCUGCCGAGCUGUAUACCGGCGACGGUUACGUGUUCGAGUGGGAGAUUCCCGAGGAGCGCGAGGCAGGCGAGAUCUACGAGAUCGGAUUCAACAGAUCCUACGACAUCCAGGGGUCGUACCGUGCUAAACUCCGCAUUUUUAACCUGGCCUCAGAGUUCGAGAUGAUAAACAGGGUACCGGUGUGGGCAGAAAUUCAAAAUCUAACGACGAUGGCCUACUACUUGCCUUUUCUGCCAAUAGGCGGCGACACGUAUCUUACCGGCCAUGGCCCCGAAUACGACUCUUUCCCGAUCGAGCGAAACGUGUCAUUUUUCCUGAACAUGACACAAGGCAUGAUUUUCCAAUACAUUUUGGAGAUGGACAACGGAACCUUCCUGACAAACUCGUCCACAUCGCCUGUGAACUACAUCUUCCCCGAGCCGGGAACAUACAGUGUGAGCCUGUACGGCUGGAAUCCUCUACAGGGCCGCUCCAUUCCCGUCAACAUUACCGUCAAAGUGCUCGAGUCGCCAGUGAACGUCAUCAUAGACGACUACCUACUCGUGUCGGAGGCCAAGUCAGCCAAGGAGUUCGAAAUCCGCAUGGACUCGGUGGGAACGUACACCUGCCUGAUGUGGACUCCCGGUGACGGAUCUAAGAUUCAAGGCUGGGGCGACCGCGACACGUGUGACAGCGUGAAUCCGCCGAUCCCCUACAUUUAUCAGGGCGCGGUCAUCGAGAACCCUCUGAAAAUGACGUGGACAUAUAUGAAGAAGGGGCAGUACAAGAUGAGUGUUCACGCGUUCAACUUUUUGGCCGAGUCCAGCUACGAGCUCAGUUUCACCGUGUCGUCCAUUCCGUGCCGGCCGCCGGACCUGAUGAUUCGGGAUAGCUCAACUGCCUUCUGGAUGCCGAAGCCAUAUUUCCGAAAGGACUCUUUCGAGCUGUUCACGGUGUGCAGCAUUGACUGUAACGCCUCCCUGGACACAACCAAGACGUGGACGGCCCAGGCCAUCGACGAGUCCUGGGGCAAUAUCACCGGCUCAGUGGAUCUGACGUCACUCAGCUCGUAUAUGAAGUCAACUCUGUUCGUUCCUUCACGAUUCAUGGAGUACGGCACUUACAAGAUGACGUACUCACUUCAGAUAUCAGGCGAAGGAAUGGACCCGACCCAGCCGUUCGUCAAGCGGGUGUUCACCUACGUUAGGAUCAAUCGGUCGCCGCUGCUGGUGACGAUGUUGUCGGGCGGCAGCUCGGCCAUCCAGCGCGGAUACAACCAGAUGGUGGUGCUGGAGCCAGAGAGGUUCUCCCAGGACCCCGACUACCCGGACGACACCAACCUGGUCUACUCGUGGUUCUGUCGCCGUCUGCCGGAUGAGAAGUUACCGCGCACCAAGGCCGGCUGGCUAAAACAUACGGAGCCGCUUCAGAACCCCAUCAUGAACGCCACCGUGGAACUGUACGACUGGGUGUACGACAACGUGACCAACGCCACGUACGAGGUGGAACGGCCCGACCUGGGCGGCUGCUUCGGACAGGGACCAGGUGAGACGGGCGGCUGCUUCGGACAGGGACCCGGAAUGCUGAACAUCACCGGCGGCCGACUGGAGCUGAACACGCUCCAGUUCCGCACCAACAACGCCACGUACGAGAUCAGCGUGCAGAUGCGGAAGGCGGACCGGACCGACCCGCGCCUGGCCACCGGCACCACGCUGGUGGAGGUGGUGGCCGGAUCGCCGCCAAUCGUCAGCGUCAUGUGUCAGGUAGCCGACAUGUGUCGCGUCACCGAGAGUGGCUCCAUCAUCAACCCCAGUUCGCGGGUGGCGCUGGUCGGCACGUGUCAGGAGCUCUGUGACGGUCGACUCACGUGGGCGUGGCGCGUCUUUUACGUACGAAACUUCACAGAGUAUCGAAUUCAAGACGGCGAUAAGUACAUCAUCGGUGCCGGGAAACCGUCGGUGGCCGUGAAGAAGGACCUCUACUCUGAUUACCCGGAUAUCGUCGAAUUCAGGGUUAAAGUCAGCGUCACCCGACUCAAUGACGGAGAGACUGGGGUGGCCACCAUGUACCUGCUGCUCAACCAGGCGCCCAUGGGUGGCACGUGCACCGUCACGCCGCCCGAGGGGCGCGUGGUGAACCUGCGAGCGCACGGCGUGGUGGCCGCAGAGGACUCGGCACAGGCGGCCAACGACACCAGUGCCGAUGUUGCAUUGGCGAAUCUUCCGACGCCUGGUAGAGCUCUGACCGAAGAUUGGUAUGUUGAAUGCAUCGACUUCAAAGAUCCGGACAAGGACAAAAUCGGAAAAUACGUAUUCUUCAUUAAACAUCCGAUCGAAGGAUAUAUUAUCAUCAUGAAGUUCGGAAAAGACCGGAAGGGCAAGUUCGUCUUUCCAUAUGGCGAUUGGGAGUUAUGGAUGACCAUAUCCGAUAACUAUGACGCUUCCCGUGACAUCUUCAUCGAUCAUAUAACGACGUCGCUGCCAACUAAGGGCGAGUACGCCACCUGGGAGCUGAAAAAGGACGUGCCCCGGGCCAUGGGCGAGGGCGACCAGCCGCGACUGAGCCAACUGCUGCAGGCCCGCACGUCUCUGGCCGAUAUCGAGCUGCCUGACGACCCGACGGAGGCCACCACCACUCCGGCCUACGACUACUACGACGAGUCGGUCGAGACGGAGACCAUGGACCCUGAAGAGCUGCUGGAGAUACAGGCUGAACAGGAGCGAAAACGGCUCGAGGCACUCGACAACAAGGCAUUGGAGAACCGUGAGAUGCUGAGCCAGCUGGAUAACCUGAACCAGAACACGCUGGACGACUGUACCAUGGUGCUGGGCACCACCGGAGCCAUCGCCGGUGACGGGAAGGCCCUCGACUCGGCUGGUAAGGACGCGGCCAUCGGAGCGAUUGGUGGCACGUGCCUGCAGUCGGUGCUGCUGAACGGCACGCUGAACGACCCGCACCAGGCGGGAGGCAUGGUCACCAGCAGCCUGGGCAGCGUCACCGCCGUGGGCAAGGGUAUCGACAACACAAACCUGAACGGCGAGCUGGUGCCGUCGGACAUGGCGGCGGCGCGGCGGCGGCGGCGCAGUCUCGACAUUCCCGACUACCCGCUCUGUGAGGAGGACGAGGAGGCGGAGCCGACCACACCCGACCCCGACGAUCCUGACGCCCUGCCCUGCAAGACGGCCAAAGAACUGGCGCUGCUGGACCAGAAACGCAAAGCGGCGAGCCAGGUGCCAACGAUGCUGGAGUCAGUGAAGCAGAUGCAGGACAAACUGAUGUCGAUCGCGCUGCCUGGUGAAGACCCGUUCACUCUGAAGACGCCGGACGGUCUGGAGAUGACACUGGUCAUGAUGGAGGGCUGGGCGCUGGCUGGAUACCGAAUGAGGCUGGGAGAGGCCGAGUAUCAGUUCCCCAGCCUGUGCGCCGUCCUGCAUGAGGAGGCCAACUGCAGCGCUGCCUACAACAUGACCGUCGGCCUGCAGGCCAUCAACUGGCCCACGCUGCUCUAUUCGUACGGCGAUGGAACGGACGCCGUCAGCAAGGACUCUUCGAACCUGCAGCUGAAGCUGGUGCAGCAGCUGCCGGGCACCACAGAACUGGAGCAAGUGCCCGUGUACGACCUACCCAGUCACCAGCGGGUGCGCAUCACCGUCCCGCGCGGCAAGAAGGGCGAGAAACCCGUGCUGCCAGACCCGACGUUCGUGGAGCCGCAGCCGAACCCCAAGGAGAUCAUGGUGUACCACUCGUUCAACGUGACCCACCCGUACGUGGCCAUCAACGUGGAGGUGUCUGUGUCGCGACCGGACGCACAGUUAGUCGUCUUCAUGAAGCGCGGCAACAAGCCCAACCUGACGCACUACGACUGGGUCUGGAAGGUGCAGCUGCCCGUCAACUUCACCGUGGACAUUUCCCAGGAGCCAAUGGAAGAGCCGAUUCCAAUCACGACAGCUGUUCCAAUGACCACCAUAAGAGUGCCCACCUGUGAGGAACUGGAGGGUGUGAACGCCACACGGGGUACCAACCAGACCUGCAUCCCCGGAGCGGUCACCGAGCCUUCUGUGAUGUGUGAGGAGGACCUCAUCACGGUCGGCUCCACCACACCGGCACCGACGACCACAGCCGAGCCGAUGCUGGCCCGUAUGCGGGGAAACGGACAAGGGCAGGGGAAUGGAGGCGGCGGUCAGGACGUCACGUCCACCACAGAGGACCCGACCACGCAGCAGACGGACGUGCAGUGCACGCCCGUGCUGGUGACACCGACACCCACUGACGGAUCGCUGCCUGACGCAGAGCCCGUGGAGCCCACCAACUACAUCUCGGAAUAUGUCCGGCUGCGGGUCGUGCCGAACCGCGCUCUGGAGCCGUACGACCCGUACGGUAACGACUCGCUGCUGUACUCGUUCCCGCUGUACGACAUCUUCGUACCGGACUGGUACGUGGACAACAUGACUGGUGAAUACUGGAUCGGCGUGGCAGAGUUCUCCAACACCACAGACGACGAGAUGUUCUUCGACGACCCGACCUCGGUGAACCUGACCAUGUCCAACAUGACGCACAUCUACUCGACCAACUACACUGUACGGGUGUACACCUCGGGCUGCCUGUUCUACAACACGCUCAGCGACACAUGGGACAGCGACGGAUGUACGGUAACCGACGCCAACCACAAGGCAACGAUGUGUUCCUGCAACCAUCUGACUUCGUUCGGAUCAGGCUUCUUCGUGAUGCCCAACGCCAUCGACUUCGACUACGUGUUCGCCAACGCCAGUUUCGCCGACAAUCUUUCAAUAUAUCUCACGCUGAUUAUAUCGUUCGCCAUCUAUCUGAUUCUGAUGUUCUGGGCGAGAUGGAAGGAUAAGAAGGAUGUUCAGCAGGUUGGCGCCACACCACUGCCCGACAAUAAUCCUAACCACAAGUACCUUUACGAGAUACUCAUCAUCACCGGCAACAAGACCAACUCGGAGUGCGACAGCAAGGUGCAGUUCAUUCUGUCCGGCGAGCGGGACGAGACGGACGUGCGCACGCUGGCCGACCCGCAGCGUCCGAUUCUGCGCCGCUCAGCCACCGACAGUUUCGUGAUGGCCACGGCGCGUCCGCUGGGCCAGCUCAGCUACCUGCGCAUCUGGCACGACAACUCGGGCAAGGGCGGCGCCGCCUCCUGGUACCUCAACUUCAUGGUGGUGCGCGACGUGCAGACCGGAGAGAAGUGGCAGUUCAUCGCCAACAAGUGGUUCGCCGUGGAAGAGGGAGACGGACAGAUCGACCGUCUGCUGCCGGUGGCCGGCCGGGAGCAGAUGCUGCAGUUCCAGCACCUCUUCAACACCACCUCACGCAGGAACCUCUCCGACGGCCACCUGUGGUUCUCUGUGUUCAUGCGGCCGCCGCGCAGCCGGUUCACGCGCGUGCAGCGCGUCUCGGCCUGCAUGGCGCUGCUGUACCUGUCGAUGCUGGUAAACGCCAUGUGGUACGGCCUGGUGCCGCAGCAGCCGGGCACCGGCUCCAUCUCCUUCGGACCGUUCUCGCUCAGCCCGGAGCAGAUCGGAGUCGGCGUCAUGUCCAACCUGAUCGUGUUCCCGCCGUCCUUCCUCAUCAUUCUGCUCUUCAGGAAGUCGCGCCCGCGCCACCUCAAAGAGAAUCGAAUCGAGAAGGCCAUCGAAAGUCAGCGAAAAGAGCAGCGCGCGUCGGGCAAGUUCCCGGACGCGCCGGAGUCGACUGGAACGCCCCGCAGCGCGGCUCGCAGUGCAGACAGCGACACGCGCAGUGUGGGCAGCGAGUCGCUGGCCGACACAGCUGCCAAGAAAAAGAAGCCCUUCACCCUGCCAUGGUGGUGCGUCUUCUUCGCCUGGUUCCUGACGUUCGCCAGCAUGGGCGCCUCCAUCUUCUUCCUGUGGGCGUACGGCAUCACCUUUGGCAACGAGAAGACCACCAAGUGGCUGACCUCACUGAUCAUCUCUUUCUUCUCGUCGGUUCUACUCACCCAGCCAAUCAAGGUGCUGCUCACGGCUGUUCUGGUCUCGGCCGUCUGUAAGAAGCUGGAUGACGGCCACGACGAUCUGGACGAUGACGAACAGGAGCCAGCGCUGAGCAACGACGAGGAAUGGCUGCACGCCGCACCAACUGGCAAAAAGAAGAAGGAACGAAAGAUUGAAUACAAGCCGGUGGAUCCAGCCAAAAUCGAGGCGGCCAAGCGCGAGCGUCAGAAGGAGGUGAAGAUGUGGGACAUCCUGCAGGAGAUGGCCGCCUACGCCUUCUUCCUGUGGAUUCUGCUCACCAUCAGCUACGGCUCGCGCGACCCCAACUGCUACCUGAUCCGAGAGUCGCUGGAGAACCACUUCCUGCAGCCGGCAGAUCCGUGGCUUUCCUACCGGAUGGUACGUAAUGAGACGCGUUUCUGGAACUGGACGCGUUCAGUGAUGGUGCCCGAGUUGAAAAUCGAUGUCGACUAUGCUGGUGAAAAGCCAAAGGGCAAGGAGAAGAAGCUCAUCAGCGAUAGGGUGCAUCUUCUGCUCGGCAAUGGCGUGAUGCGUCAGGUCCGCAUAAGGGAGAAGAACACAUGCCGCGUGCCCAAGGUGAUGCGAAAUGUCACCCGCGACUGCCACAAGUUCAGCAACUUAUUAUAUGAGGAGAGCGGAGACUUCGGCCUCGGCUGGAACGCCUCUCUGGCCAAAAAGCGGCCGUUUAACCUGAAGGAGUACCGUCACAGGAGCGCCUCCAGCCUGGACUCGUACCCGUUCUGGGGCGACCUCGGCUGGUACGGCGGAGGAGGAUACGUGGUGGACCUGAAGGGCAGCCGAGCUCGUCUCAUCAGCGAGAUGUGGCGUCUCCAGGAGCAGCGCUGGAUCGACGAGAAGACGCGCGCCGUGUUCAUCGAGUUCUCGCUGUUCAACCCGCAGGUCAACCUGUUCGUGGACUGCACCAUCGUGGCAGAGUUCAGUCCGGACGGUGGAAUAACUCCCUUCUUCAAGUUCAAGCCACUGAGACUGCUGAAUUACAACUCCGGCUUCGGUCUCUUUGUCCUCAUCUGCGACGUGUCGUUUGUCAUCUUCAUCAUAUACUACACGGUGCGUGAAGUGAAGAGGGCUAAAAAGCAGAAGGGCGAGUAUCUGAAUGACCCGUGGAACUACCUAGAGCUGACGGUUAUAGUUCUGGGCUACACGGCUAUCGUUUUCUACCUGUACAGGAUGUUCCUUGCGAACGGAAUCGUGGACACCUACGAUAAGACGAAAGGAAGAGGUUACAUCAAGCUGCAGCAAGUUUCGUAUCUUGACGAGACUUUCGGCUACAUCAUCGGCUUCUUAGUGUUCUUCGGCACACUGAAGUUCAUCAAGCUGCUCCGCUUCAACAAGCGAAUGGGAUUCCUGACAUCGACACUGAAACAAUGCGCUGGCGAUCUCUGGGGAUUCAUCAUUAUCUUCUUUGUGCUGUUUGCAUCGUUCAGCUUUACAUUCUUCCUCCUGUUUGGCUUCGCCACAGAAGAUUUUGCGAACGUCAUCAUAAGCAUUGAGUCAUCCUUCGCUAUGAUGCUAGGGAAGUUCAACUUCGCGGAGAUACAGCAGGCGAAUGCGGUGUUCGGACCCGUGAUGUUCUUCACGUUCACCAUUUCUAUGACAUGCAUCUUCAUCAACAUCUUCCUCACCAUCAUUAUCAAGAGCUUCCAGGCCGUGAAGAACGACCUGGUGAAGCAGGGCAACGAGUACGAGGUCAUCGACUUCUUGGUCAACCGCAUGAAGCUGAUGACCGGCAUCGGCAAGCCGAAAAUCAACGCCAUCGGACCGCUGUCGGCAACGGACGGCGAUGGAGACGCGGGCAAGGACCCAUCGGCUCAGUUUCCUGAGAAGGUGGACCAGCUGCUCAAUCACGUCAACGACUUCUACUUCGACGGCAAGAUGAACUUCAACAACAAGGCCUGGCUGAAGAAGACGCUCUCGGGAUCUGGUGACGAUCAUAAGUCGCACCGCCCGCAGGAACCAUCUGAUGAGUAGGAGCAAGUGGCCAGAACAGAGAUCCUCACGCCUACCGAUAUCAUGCAGACUCAGGACAUGCUCAGGAUAUGACGAACCGUGUGGUUAUGUACGCGUGUGCAUGCGGAUAUGCAAGCCCGUGUAAGUUUUUGUGCCUUUUAUUUAUUAUUUUUUUUCUCGUACAACUAUUUAUUUUGUCAUUAACCCGGCAGUUGUUGUGGUAUUUCGCCACCCACCGUUUGCUGGGGGGGGGGAGGGGGCGUUAAACGCCCCCAGCAGAUAACUCGAGAACCAAUAGGCGCAGCGAAACGCAAGAGGCAGCAAACGAAAGAACGCGACGAGACGCUUCAGAUGAGUACUUGUCAAACACCUGAAAUCGGGCUUUCAGUAGCAUGGACUUCAGGACUUCGCAAUGGGCGCCUCUCGUCAUAAACUCUGUCAAAACGGUGCACAAUCCAUCAUAUAAGGCCUACAAGAGUGUCAGCUCCAUGUAGCGGUCAGUCAAGCAUAGGUCAGGGUCAAGGUCAGGUCAACCGGGCAGGCACAUAUUCCCGAAAAUCAAAACUGAUAUUCGCAGCCUGUGACACAUAUUUUAUGGGUAAUUUGGGGCGUAGAACACGAUGGUGACAUUCAUUUUAUCAUAUGUGUACGUGUUUGGCUAAAAAAGUUCAAUUUAAGAAAUGCAUGUAUAAUGGUCGUGAAGUAGUCACGAGAAAUUGCCAAGAUUCAGUUCAAGAUUUUGGAAAAUGCGGAACGAUAAUCAAUAAUCGAAGAUAGCCAUUUGAUUGCUCAUGGUAUUGGCAGUCUAAUGGCGUUUACGGCAUGUCUGUAUGUCUAUUCUGUGAUUUUAUAUGAUUUUUUGAACAUAUGCCGUUUUUGGUCGAAAACUCAGAAAUCAUGACGUCACUAAAACCUCGAUAUCUCAAAAAUUUUCCGACCGAUUUUUUUUUUUAAACUUUGUCACAAUAAGCUUCAAUCAAUUCCCUACAGGUACCCAAAAUUUGGCGCGCCUGCGGCGCGCCGUUUUUAUGCUAUGGCCCGGCGAAAAAAGUGGGGGCGUUUAACGCCCCCCCCCCCCCCCAGCAACUCGCGGGUUAAAUGCCUAUGAAUAUGUUGUCUAUUUUGAAUGUCACGAAUAAAGCAUUGCACUAUG